UUCCGGAAAUGUACUGGAUAGCACCAUUACAGUAUAAGGUUGUUGUUAAGAAUGUGGGGCAUUUUUGUAUCCAGUUAUUUUAAUCGGCUAGUUAAUUAUCCUGGUUUCUCGCAUAAACUACUAACGAUACUAUUUUAUGUCGCGUGAUCGUUUUUUAUUAAUACUAUUUUACUAAAUCGGGUCGUUCUGAGUGCGCGACGGGAUCUUUUACAAUGUCCAGUUGUGUUGUAUUUCAUUCUCAGCUAACUUCCAUUAUGGAGGUUCUAACUAAAACGGCAGUGACAGAAAUUUGCCAGCUCGUCGACAAUGGAUAUGCGGUUUUACGUUUGGAAAUAUCUCGGAGUGAGAAAGAGAACCAAACCCUGAAACGAAAACUGCAGAUGUUGGAGCUGAUGGUUGCGCGGGGAUAUGCCGAAACUGGACUGCGAGAGACCUCUGCUGCAAACAGCCUACCAGAUGGAGCCCAGGGUUUCGACGGAUCCAGAGAAACAGAAAGGGAGAAUCAUUUUGCAGCUGCAGAGCGAGCCUUUGGCAGUCAGUUGGGUGUUAGUCUGUGGAAAGAUGGAGAGCCCACAGCUGUGGAUGAAGAGGACACUUCAUUGGCUUCUGCCAUGAGGGAUGAGUGUACAGACUUGGAGGAGGGAAGAUCUCAAUCACUACUCAUAAAAGAAGAGACGCUUGAAGAGGACUUGGAGAGCAGUCAUCCACAAGAAGCUGUGGAGUUAGAUGGUGGUAAAAGGGCUCCCAUUGCAGAACCUCAGACUGCACCUCCAUUAGGCCAAGAGCAGCUCACUGAGCAGCACAGCACAAGACACAGUGUUUGGGAAGACAGCGGACUGGACACUGUUCUAAAAGCAGAACGAGAGAUCAAGACAGGAGCUGAAAACAGAGCAGGAAGACUAAACAUUUUGGACUACGAGGACAUAAUCCAGGAGAGAUCCGCUGAACUGCCUUUCACUGCGGAUGGGAUCCCAGAAAAGGACAAGGAGGAAGCUGCUUGUUCUUAUCCUGUGGAAAGUGACACAGAGAACCUUUCGGUUCACUCAGAGCUGCUGUCGGGGAAGAGUCUGUCCUCCCUAGGGUCACUUGACAUGAAAAGAGAGGAUGAAACAAUCGACUCUGAGCUCCUAAAAGUUGAAGCAGAGAUACGUUCUGCAUGGAGCAAAGAGAUCAUGUCAGGAGUGAUUUCUUCACAACACAGCUACUAUGGUAAAGACUGGGAGAGCGAUGAGCUUCUGCUUGAAAAUGACACCAAUGUUUGUCCCUCACAAACUGAAAUGGCGGGUCGGGACAACACAGCAGACGUCAGAUCCAAUGCCUUAAGUAUGAACGGAUGGGCCCCCUACGACAAAAGCUCUGUCACAUCAAGAAUCUCUGAGACACACUCUGCAAACGCAAGAGAAGAACGGUUUAUUUGCACAUACUGCGGAAAAAGUUUCACUUGCCAGAAUGUUUUUGAAGCACAUCAGAGAACUCAUGUCACAGAGAAACCAUUUAAUUGUUCGCAGUGUGGGAAGAGGUUUGCUCAGUUGAGUAAUCUCAUAACGCAUCGAAGGGUUCACACGGGGGAGAAGCCUUACAGCUGUACACACUGCGGGAAGCAGUUUGCUCAGUCACGCUAUCUUGUGACACAUCUAAGAAUCCAUACAGGAGAGAAACCAUUCAGCUGCACACAGUGCGGGAAGCGGUUUGCCCAGUCCAACAAUCUUGUACGACACCAGAGCGUUCACACUGGAAAGAAGCCCUUCAGGUGCUCGCAGUGUGGGAAGAGUUUCACAACUUCAAGUCACCGUAAAAGACACGAGAGUGUUCACAAUGGAGGGAGACCAUACACUUGCACUUUGCUUAAGUGUUACCUGAAUCUGUAUUUAACGUGGUAUCUAAAUAGCUACCUUUGCUUGUAUUGCCUGGCUGUGCCUCCAGAGUCUGACGUCGUGUUUACUGGUCCAGCACGCUGUCAAGGCACUACCAUGUCGACUUCUGCUGCAUUCCAAACUGAGCUUGUCGCCAUCAUGGAGGUUUUGACAAAAGCGGCGGUGACAGAAAUUAGCAAACUUGUAGAUGAUGGAUAUGCUGUGUUACGCCUUGAAAUAUCCCGAAGUCACCUGGAAAACGAAGAGCUGAAGCGGCAACUAGCGAUUCAGAUGGACACUAAAAGGAGAACGCCACAAAGCUCUAUAACUUAUAUAAACACCGGGGUUUGCAGAGGCCACCUUUAUAAUGAUAAAGGAAGAACUGCAAUGGCAGGAGGAGUCUUUGGCGAGUUUGUAGCCGGCUGGCGUGGAGAUGUAGAAUGCGCCACGAUGGACAAUCGGAGGAAUUGCGACGAUAAGUCUUUAUACCCAUGUGAGGAAAUGGUUGAAUCGCAGCUUAUUAAAGCGGAGAGGCUUGAAGAAGACUUGGAGAGUAGCGAUCUACCUCAAAGACUGAAUAUCUGUGAGAACAGAGCUGUGGAGUCAGAUGGUGGUGAAAGGUCUCCCAUUGCAGACGCACAUAUUGAAUCUUCAGUAGGCACAGGGGACCUUGCUGAGCAGCACAGCACCAGAAACACUGUUUGGGAAGAUGGCACACUGGACACUGUUCUCAAGGCUGAGCCAGAGCAUGAUGCUGUCAACCUCCCGGAUGCAAGAUCUGAACACACAGCAGGGAGACUGAACAGCCUGGAACAUGAAUUUGUUUUUUAUGAAGGACCCAGCCAGGUGGAUACUUUUUUUAGUCAAAGGACUGAUGAAACGGAUACUGGAAGUCCUGUCUCCUCUUAUCCUACAGAAUCCAACUCUGUUCAGUCAGAACUACAACUCAUUCCUACCACAGCAAAAGACAGUGGGAAGAAUGUGUCUUCUCUGGGAUCCCUUUGUGGAAAUAACUCUGUUCCUCUUGAAAUGGGAGCUGAUGUGUGCUUUACAUGGAGCAAAGAGUCCCUGUCCCGACCAAGAAGUUCAGCAAGAUUAACCAAACUGGCUUAUGGGCAUGCUGUUUUUGAGAGUCACAAUCAACAUUUACCCUCCACGACUCCUGGGGUUGCAGACACAGGGCAUGCCGUUUUUGAGAGACACGACCAGCAACUACAUUCCACUACUGAAGGAGUUGCAGACCCAGAGCGUCCAUCUUGCUCUUACUCGGUAGGAUGUAACGUUGAGAAUCGCUUCAUUCACGCGGAGCUGGAGGACCGUAAAAGUCUGUCUCCUUUAGAAUCUAACUCUGAUGCCGCAGAUUCCAGUAUCGCCGCUGUUUGUGCAAAAACCUUGACGGCGUCAUCAAGCCGUAAGAUUCAAUGUAGAGAGAAGAGGCGGCCGAUUUGUACGUUAUGUGGGAAGCUGUUGAGCUGUGCACAAACUCUUGAAGCACACUUGAGAAUUCACACAGGGGAGAGACCGUACAGUUGUACAUACUGUGAAAAAAGAUUCAACCAACUGAGUAAUCUUAAAACUCACCAGAGAACUCACACAGGGCAGAAACCAUACAGUUGCAUCCUGUGUGGGAAGCGGUUUUCUGAUCCUGGUUAUCUUAAACGACAUCAGUAUGUUCACACAGGAGAGAGACCAUUCAAGUGUGCAGAGUGUGGGAAGAGUUUCUCUUUUUCAAAUAAUCUCAUAAGACACCGGAGUGUUCACACUGUAAAGAUUAUUUAGCUGGAUAUGACAGGACAUUGUUCCUUUAUGUCAAAUUAAAAUGCAUGGAAGGAACACUGGAUAGACCACAUGCCCCCCCCCCCCCCCCCUUCCAUCCUGCAAAGAGGAAUUAUAACCUGUGUGAGCAGUUUUAAAUCCUGAAAUGCCACGCACAGUGAAUUGGUGGGCAAGUUAGUUAAGUUUACCCUGAAUUUUAGUGGGUGUUCCCUGAUCCAUAUAGGACUCGAGUGCAGUUGGAUCCUUUUGUUAAAAACAUCAGCAUUUCCAGUUGUGACACUACAUAAGAAACUAUUGAUGUUGACAGUUAAAUGACUAAAAAGUGUAAAAGGCUAUAUGCCUAAAAAUACAUUAACACAGAAAAACAGUGCAUUGAUUCUCUUAAUAGAUCCUUUAUAAUUUGCACUAACACGCUAGAAAACUGCCAUAACCCGUGGUACACACAAACUUACAAUAUUACAAAUAUUUAAUGUUUUAUUUUAUAAGCCUAACAGUAAUUUGGGAGGAGAAUAAUGCAUUGAAUUAUUUUUUCUGCCGUUUCUUUAUUACCCUCCAUAUCCAUUAAAUAUUUAUAAUUUUUAAAUAAUUGAAUGCAAUUAUCUCUAAUUCUCUAUUGUACACAUGAAUGGGUAUGGGCCUAGACAUGCAGUGUAAACAUAGCCUUAGUUGCUCUCUGUAUGUAAAUCACACCUGAAAGCUCAAGUCUGUGACAAUUGAACCACUUGGUGAAAGAAGGUAUUCUCAUCAUGUAUGAAGUUAUUUUCACUAUUGUUUUAAGGCUGCAAAAUAAGUGCUGUGGGUUGCAGAAGUAUUUCGACCCUUGUGUAGUUCUCACCUCUCUUUUUUUGCCUCAGGGCUUGAACUUGAAAGUAGGAAUGUGAAUAGGACUAUGUAUGAUAAGCACGUUAACAUUCUUAUUCUGUAAGCCAAUUUUAUUAUAAAUGUCGAGUGGCAUCUUUUAUUAGAGGCAGCAGUUAUAGGCUAAUCCACUUAUUUUAGUCCCAUACAAAGUUUGGGGCCAGCUCUAGUGAUCCACUGAAUGUGGAUAUGUGUUGCAUUAUCCACCUAUGCCAGACUUCACCUGCUCAUCUUGCUUAGUUCAGAUUAGAACUAAAGGACAUUUAACCCACUUAACUGGAAUGCCACUAAAGACAUUCCUACUUAAUUUCUGGAAUGUCUUCAGUUGCAUUCCAGUUUUUUUCCAUUGUUUUAAAAUAAAGUGUGUUAAACCUAA